AUGAACCAAAAUGCUCGAAAACGUGAAUUAAAUAUGACAUUAAGUGUUUUACCAAUAUUUAAUCCAUUAAAUGAUUAUUAUAUCUAUCAUAUCAAUCAAUCAACGUCUUCUAUUCUACUACAUGAUUUAAUUGAACAAGGAAGAAAAACAAUUCGAUUCAUCAUUGAUACUGAAGAUGAUUAUUACACACAUCGACCAUCACUAAUUCAAAUUGAAUUCAUACAACAUCAGUCCAUCGUACUAUUAAUUGAAGUGCAUCAUUUACCACAAGCAGCAUCAGUGAUAUUUUGGCUAAUAAGAUCACUUCUGAAAGUGAUCUUGAAUCCAUCCAAUUGUAUAUAUUCAUGGGAUGAUGCCAAGAAUGAAUUGGAUAAAUUUAUUUCAUGUGAACUUUUACCAUCUGACCAACUCCAACAAAUAAAUAAUAUAGACAUACAAAAACAUUAA